AUGACCAGCUCAGCAGUUGAGGAUUUUCGGGGCGAUGGCUUUGAGGGAUCACAUCAAGAACACCGUAUUUUUGCAGAUGUUUUCUUUGGCAAAGAUACUGUUGGGACAGGUAAGAGGAGUAUUGGUACUGGAGUUAUUAAUUUAAAGAGCAAGGACUGUAGGAUUGCAGAUACUUUGCUAUGUACUAACAAUGAAUACUCAGCUGUCACUACUCAGUCUUCUCCUAGAAGUUUGCCAAUCGAGGAUUCUGAUGUGAAUGAGAGUUCUACAGGGGCUACUGCUUCGGGUUGUACAGGAAGAUUUACCUUUGCGGAGGGCAAUAACCAGAAUAAGACUAUCAAGCGAAUGAAGUUUGCUGUUGAUGAACCUUCCAACACUGAACCUGAUACAUCGAAAGUUCUGAGUUCGUCCUUACUACCUAAAGAGAUUGUUACUGGUACACCUGCUGCAGAUAUGGACUUGCCGAGCCAAACAGUACCAUUACAUUUAGUUGAAUCAUCCUCUCAGGGUGUUAUAUCUACCUGCUAUCUGUUAAAGCAACAUGCAAAAAUAGGCAGACAAGGUGAUGUGCGUGAGCCAGAUGUUCUGAAGUGCAGUUUGCCAAACUCGGAUGGUGUUGGUGGCAAGGAGAUGGCUUUUAGCAAAGCUAUUGCUUCACCUGUUUCCCAAGAGAGCUAUGCAACAAGGAUAUUGCUUGCAAGUCCUGUAGAUAUUGUAGGGAAGCCGGGGUCCCCUUUAAAUGCAGAGGAAAGAGCAAAGGAAUUUGAUUCGCCAGGAUUAGAUGUCUCCAAUAUCUCGAAGGCGGAUUCUAAGAUGGACCCUCGUCCUUUUCUCCAAAGUCAUAUUGCUCGCUUACUUUCAGCUAUGGGUUGGUGUAUUGGAAAGCGUAAGAGACCUAGUCGGAAAUAUAUGGAGUCUAUUUAUCAAUCACCUGAAGGAAGAUUAUUUCGUGAUUUCCCUAAAGUGUGGAGGCUGUGUGGUCAAGUUUUGUUUGCAAAUGGAUACAAGGUGGUGCAGGAAGACAAUGGCAAGGAAUGGGGUGAUAUAAGUCACUUUUGGUCUGAUCUCUCAGAUACAUUGACUAAUAUUGAGAAACAGAUGCAUAACUCAGAUCUUGCUAAAGCCUUGGCACAUCAGUGGUGUAUUUUAGAUCCCUUUGUUAAUGUUGUGUUCAUUGAUAGAAAGGUUGGCUUACUGAGAAAGGGAUGUAUGGUUAAAGCUGCACAAAGCUUAGUGAAUGAUAGAAAUGUGAAAAAUGAAGAUGGCAUUGGAAAGGAGUCUGCUCAGAAAAAUUUGUUGGCUUGGCAUGGUGAUUCUUGUCUGGCCACUAAAAGUGCAUCAACAAUUUGCGAAGGAAGCUACCAGGACUGUGAUGAACAAUCUGGCAACAGGACGUUCUCAGAAUGUGGACAACAAUCUAUGGUGAAAGGUUGCACAGGUGUAUCUAUUCAUAUGAAUGACAGAGAAGGCAUGUGUUCCGAUGGGAUGGGAAAUCAAUCUUGCAUCAUGUGUAAGGACAAGAUAGAUAGUGUGGAUAUGACUGACGUGCCAACUUGUGGAACAGAGAGCACUUCUGCUCAGUUGUAUAGUUGCCAGUGUAAUAAUUUUCCCGUUAAUGCUGGGAACAUUAUUGUGCAUGGGGUGUCUGAAUCUGUUUCCCCUCAUCAAGACAGCAACUUAGUUGAUCCAGAUGAUGGCACUGGUCAUAUGGACUCCCACCAUGAUGAGCCAACUUCUGCUCAAGUUGUGACUUCAGGAGUUAUGCAGCGAUCUAGAUUCAUUGAAGAGGAGGGUUUACGGUGCAUUCAAGCUUCAAGGUUCAAAACGAGGGAUAAAGCUGCUAUGAAAAAGAAGAUGCGUAGAAAGUCCAGAAAAAUAUCAGAAAUCAGAUCAACCAAAUUAUACCAAAGUGAAAAUAUUGAUGUUCUUGGCAAUCCAUUAGAGUCGAACAAAGUUGAGGAGAACCUUAUCAAAAGAACUAAAAGGAGCUACAUGAAGUCCUCGCCUUUGGCUAGUUGCCUGCAUCAGGUGGUGAAAAAUGGUACGAAAUUAAAGAGGACACGUCGCAAUAGUGAUGGUCCCAAACAUGGACAAAAGAAACCAACUGGCUGCCAAAUUGAUGAUGAUGAUCUGUUGAUUGCAGCCAUUAUUAAAAACAAAGAUUUAAGCCAAGGUGCCAUCAGAUCUAUUUCUAAAAAGAAAUCCUGCAAAUUAAGAGCUGGCACAAAGCUCAAACGGAAAAAGGGCAGCUGCAGGCUACUCCCAAGAAAUCUGCGCAAACUGGGAAAGCAUUACGUAUGUGGUAAGUGGUCAGGAAUGGGAUCUAGGACGGUUCUGUCAUGGUUGAUAAAUGCUGGGGUCUUGUCUGUAAACGAUGUCGUCCAGUACCGGAAUCUAAAAGAUGAUUUUGUGAUUAAAGACGGUUUGGUCACCAGGGAUGGCAUCAUGUGUAAGUGCUGUAAUAUGGUGCUUUCAGUUUCCAAGUUUAAGAGUCAUGCUGGGUUCAAGCUUAGCCGACCAUGUUCAAACCUUUUCAUGGAAUCUGGAAAGCCUUUUACUUUAUGUCAGCUGCAAGCAUGGUCAGCUGAAUAUAAGAGCAGGAAAAGUGGUACCAUAGUGGUUCGCUCUGAUGAAGAUGAUAAGAAUGAUGAUUCAUGUGGACUGUGUGGUGAUGGUGGGGAGUUGAUUUGCUGUGAUAACUGUCCCUCUACUUUUCAUCAAGCCUGUUUACUGCUUAGGAACUAUAAACAGCCUGAGUUGUCUCCAGAUGCACUGAUACUGCCAUUAGUGUCUCUUAAUAUUUUGGUUGUCAAAUCUUUUGGGAAAGAAAAUAGCAUUUUCAAUAGCAAUAAUUAUGGGCUUUUCCUGAGCUCCCUGAAGGCAGUUGGUAUUGCCCGAACUGCACCUGUUGGAUAUGUGGGGAUCUGGUCAAUGAUAAAGAGGCUUCAAGUUCUCUUUGCGCUUAUAAAUGUUCGCAAUGUGAGCAUAAAUGAUGCACAUGUUAAAGACAUGCAAGUUAGAAUAGAACUAGAUUUGGUUCUUAUGUGUAAUUGGGAAACUUUUAUAUUGCUUACUGUUGUAGACAAUUAUGUUGAAAAGCUUGUCAGAAUGGCACGAAUGAUCAUGUGGCAUGCCAACAAGGAAAACAAAUAUAUGAAGGACUGGUUUCUGAUACUUGGUUUUGUAGUGGAAGCUGUCAAGAGACAUAAAAGAGCACUUGUUUUGGAAAACAUUAAUUCCCUGAUUCGUACUAAGCCUUAUGAUGUUGUGUACAGUGGUCUUCAUUCUCGUGUUGGGAUCAGCAAUCAGUUAGCUGAUGGCUUUUGUUGGGCACUUCUUAGAUGCAUUCAUGAAGAUCAAAAGGUUGUUUCUGCUCAAAGACUUGCCCUCAAGGCAGAAUGCAACUCAAAAUUGGCUGUUGCUCUUACCAUUAUGGAGGAAUGCUUUCAAUCUAUGGUAGAUCCAAGAACAGGCAUAGACAUGAUACCCCAUGCUUUAUACAAUUGGGGGUCAGAUUUUGCUCGUCUAAAUUUCUAUGGGUUUUACACUGUGGUGUUGGAGAAAGAUGAUGUACUUGUAUCUGCAGCAUCUGUCAGACUCUUGAAGCUUUCAGUAGUGUGCAAACCUUCUCAAUAUUGUAAACUGAAGUCACUCUUAUUCCUUAAGGUAUCUUUAUCAUUUAGGGUGCAUGGGGUAAAAGUUGCAGAAAUGCCCCUCAUUGCAACUUGCAGUAACUACCGCCGCCAGGGGAUGUGUCGACGCCUUCUGACUGCUAUUGAGGAGAUGCUAACUUCGUUUGAGGUGGAGAAGCUUGUUAUAUCUGCCAUCCCGGAUUUAGUUGAGACAUGGACUAAGGGUUUUGGCUUCACACUGGUGAGUAAAGAUGAGAAGCGAAGUCUGAACAAGAUAAACUUCAUGGUGUUCCCUGGAACAGUAUUGUUGAAAAAACAAUUGUAUAAAACAAAAGAAGUAGAUACGCAAUCAGACUUUGGUGAUGUGGCAGCUUUAACUGAAGUAGUUAUUUGCCCCAUGGAGGAGCAUGUCACCGGGUUGAUGCAGCAAUCCAACAGGAACAGCUGCCCUGAUGAAGUUGGUAUCAAAGGAGAGCUCCAACAUGUUGAAAGUCAGAAUUUGCAAGAAUCUGAAACUAGUAGUGAAAGGGAAACCAAUGAUGGUGUUGGAGGACUGAGACGAGCACCACCCAUGGCAACUAACCAUUCAUCUGAAGUAGGAAUUUGUUCUGAUGGAAUGCCCUGUGUCCAGUCUGACAGAAAAUUUUGCUCUAACAACUAUGGUGCUAAAAUGGAAGACAGCAAUUUCGUAGUAAUGGAAAGCCAAGGUAGUGAUUUGCUGGAACAACUUCCAAAGCUACCCUGCGGAGACUUAGAUUCAGCUGUAGGAGGAGGCCCAAGUGAAGUGGCCUGUAAUUUUCAAUUCGUAAGUUAUGUUCCUUCUGUGAACAAGCCAUCACAGAAAGUCUGUGAGUUAAAGAAGUAG